CUGAUUUUUCGUCCAUAAGCUCCGUACGUAGAUAACACGUAUGAAACACGCUUCUCUGUAAUCCCACCAGUCCAGCUGGAUACCGCAAAUUUCAAGACUGAGAUUAGUCAGUAUAAACUAUAUAAAAUGUAUACGGGAUCCCGGUAUUGCAUUCCUAUUUGGAUUAUAAUCUGUGUCAAUAUUUCGCAUUCUGUGAAAAUUAGUAUAUUUAAUAUCUUCUUGCUGCUUGAAAAAAUCACAGGCUAACGUUAAUUAAAAGUAGGUAACUAUUUAAAGCCACUUCACUUCACCACGGUAGUGACAUAGUCCACAUCUUAUUUAAAGUAACAAUGAAGACUCUGAUGGCGUGUACAAUGGUGACAUGUAUAUUGGAAGUCGUACAAUGUACUCAUCUUGAUUCUGGGAAUACUACAAACAAUAGUACGGCUCCUACCAAAGAUAUGUAUGUCAUUAACGCGUUGGUAUACCAAGUAGGUAUUAUAACCAACAAAACGGGCGACAAAAAUCAAACUUCAUCAAUGGGAAAUCAAGAAGCUAUCACCUUGUACAGAACUAAUGGUUCUAAAAUAGAUUUAAGUAAUAUCCCUGAGCCGUUGUUGACCAAUGUGACAGCACAAAGCAUGGUACAAGUAGCCCCAAAGGAUAAUUCUUUAGGUGGAAUGAUGGGAAAACCUCUGAUUGCAUGGAAUGAUCUGAAACAUUUAACUGUUUUGCCGGAAGAUGCGCUUUCAACAAAAUCAAACAACAUAAAAUCAUCGAGAGUACGCCGCAAUAAUUUCAAAGUAAUAUCAGCGAUCAAUGAAAAUAUUCACAAAAUGAGAAACUUAUUCAAAAGGGAAUUGUCUGGCAACAAAACUACUGUUGAAGUAGUGAAAGGCGCAGUAGUAGUACCACAGGCGACAGGAGUUCAGUCUAUCGCUAUACCUCCUCUGAUGGCACUCAAUAAUAAUCUUUCUAGUAUACCAGUGCCGAUUCCCAAUACAUCUAUUGUACAUUACGCUAGGAUCAACACCCUCGUACGGCACCCUUAAAUCAUGGACAAUUAAUAGAUAGGUAGUACAUGUACAUUGCUUAUUGCAUUAAACACCUUAGGUACAGAUAACGUUUAAUAGUUGCAUACCUGAAUCAUUAAAAAUAAAGGGCUUUUUGCAUCAAGG